AACAUAAACCACUUUAACAAGUGUGAAAAGACACAGGCAGAUUUUCACACAGACUAAGAACUUGAUGACAGAGGCUAUGCCGAGGACGUAAAGUGCUGAGACUGAAGCUGAAGGUUCAUGAUGAGUUGUUUCCUGCUCUCGGUUUGGAGGUCCAGUUUGAUUCUCUGCCUGGGUCAGCUUUUGCAUUGUGGAGAGGCCAGAGUGAAAACUGAAGCACAAGCUGGGCCUCUGUAUCGUGUGUUAGGCGCUCCCCUCUACAUCACCUGCAGUGUGAGUGGCUUCAGAAGUGAAAACACUGACAAACAUUUUGAAUUCCGUAUGACGAAGCCUUCAAACCCAGACUUUGAGAUCCAAAUCAUCAGUUCACGUGAAGAUACUUUUGGAUAUUCUUCUCACCUAACCCGUGUGAAAAAAAAUGAAAUUACUUUGAAACGUCUCUCACCAAACUCAGUCCGCUUCGAGAUAAAAAGCCUGCAGAAAACUGAUGAAGGGGAAUAUGAAUGUACUGCAGUCAACUUAGAAGGUGCUUAUGAUGGAGAGUAUUCUGCUAAGACAGUCGUUAAAGUGAUUGAAGACUCCCUGAGUGUCUCAUCAUCUGCUUCCACACCACUGAGCUUAAACGAGGGUGAAGCUCUGACUUUAACAUGCCUGGCCUCUAGCAGCACCAGCCAGCACACCCAUCUGUCUGUUGCCUGGUAUCUCCAUAAAGACGGACAGGAGGACGCUCAGCCUAUCAUUUCUCUGAAUAGAGAUUUUACACUGAGCCCAGGCCAGGGGUUUGAAAGGCGUUACCAAGCAGGUCUCAUACGCUUAGAUAAAUGGGGAGAGGCCUCGUACAGCCUAAAGAUGGCUGAGGUUGAGCCAUCAGACCAAGGUAGGAUCUACUGCCAGGCUCAGGAGUGGAUCCAAGAUCCUGAUGGCUCCUGGUACAUCAUCAUACAGAAGAAUGCAGAAGAAAUGACCCUGACAGUUAAAGCCACAGAGGUGGUAGAGCCAUCAUCUCCGUCUCUGGCAGUGGAAAUCUCAGCACAGCCGGCAGCGCUGCAGGAGGGGCAGGAGCUGAUGCUGUCCUGUAAUAUAAACACACAGGACGUGGAGAAAAGAUUCUUCUCUGUAGCAUGGCUCAAGGGAAGUGUGGAGCUGGCCCGCAUUGGUCCCACAGGCGUUCUCACUGUGGCACCGGAGUACAGUGUUCGACAGAAAAAUGGAGAGCUCAGAGCCGCCCGAACCGGGAACAGAAAUUACCGUCUCAUCUUAAAGCCUGUGAGAACUGAGGACCAGGGAGAGUAUAUCUGUACAGUCUGGCCUCAAGAGAGAGGCCAAGAUGAUACUUUUAUUGAGGGAGAACCCAAAGACUCCAGCCCACAGAGGGUCAGCGUCUCAGCCACAGAAAACAGGCUGACAGUCAAAAUGCAGCAGGCUGUAAAUGUGGCCGAAGGGGGCGGGCUGCAUCUCUCCUGUAAAGUGGAUGGGGUUCAAGGUCAGCUCUCUGUCACCUGGCAACACAAACCAACACCAACGGCCCCGUUCACUGAGAUCAUCAGCAUAAGUCAGGAGGGUGUUACAGAGAUAGCAGAGGAGUUCGUUAGUCGCAAAGUGAAGGUGAUGCGUCCAUCUACUGACAACUUCACCUUAGCGCUUGAUGAGGUCACACUGUCUGAUUCAGGAGUGUACCAGUGUGCUGUGUCUGAGCGCAAACCUAACAGCAAGACUCACAACCAGGCACAAACUACCACUGUGACAGUGACUUCUAUAGAAAACAGGCUGACAGUCAAAAUGCAGCAGGCUGUAAAUGUGAUAAAAGCCAUCUAA